AUGUCAACAUGCGGCGCAUGCAAGUACCAACGGCGAAGGUGCUAUUCGGAUAUUUGCAUGUUCGCACCAUACUUUCCAGCGGAGAACAUCCAGCGGUUCGCGUGCGUGCACCAUGUGUUUGGCGGUGGCAACGUAGGAAGCAUGCUCAACAUCACAAAGCCAAAGUUGCGGGGGUGGGUGGUGAAGACGUUGGCAUACCAGGCAGAGGCACGUGUGAGGGACCCUGUGCAUGGGUGCGUGGGCCUCAUACGGGAGUUGGAAGAGAAUCAUCGCAAGGUGAAAGAGGACCUUGCCAAGGCCCAAAUGGAGCUGGCCCGAUACAUGGGCCCGGAGUUUGUGAGAAAGCUGAGUCCCAAUUAUGGUGGUGAGUCUUCUUUGAAGGGUAAGUUUGUGGCACAUUUGCAGCCGACAACAAUGGAGCUUGACUUUGCUCCCUCUAUUGCCAUUGAUGUUGAUGAUCUUGAUAAGUGGGACCCUUUUCCACCAUGGGAAACUAGUUUUCAGAAUGUUGGUCCUUCUUCUUCACAUGCACAUGGUGAAGGUGGGAAUAGGAAGGGUAAGGGUGUUGCUCCUUAA